AAAAAUUCUUAUUUACUUCAGUCGAACAACAAAGUGAUGAGAACUUUCUUCUUAUUGGUCGAAAGUAAUAUUAAUAUUAAAAAAGUAAUACUCUAUGAGUUCCGCUCCUGAAAACGAUCACUCUACAAGUCUACAAUAUAAAUUAAAUGACAACAUUACUUUGAAGUUGAGCAUAACUACAAAUCAGAUUUCUAAGCGAAUAAUAGUAAGGGGGUACUAAAGAUGCUUGGCGGUAGCGUUCUGUGGUUCCGUCACGGGCUGCGUCUCCACGACAAUCCGUCUCUUCAUUCGGCGUUGGAAGAAAAGAGCGGCCCUUUCUUUCCCAUUUUCAUUUUUGACGGGGAAACUGCUGGAACGAAAGUGGUCGGGUACAACCGAAUGCGGUACUUGCUAGAAGCCUUGGAUGAUUUGGACAAGCAAUUCAAGAAGUACGGCGGAAGAUUACUCCUUGUUAAAGGGAAACCCAGUGCUGUGUUCCGCAGACUCUGGGAAGAAUUUGGUAUUCGGAAGCUGUGCUUCGAACAGGACUGCGAGCCGGUGUGGCGUCCCAGGGACGAGAGCGUGAAGACGGCGUGCCGCGAGAUCGGGGUCACGUGUCGGGAGCACGUGUCGCACACCCUGUGGGAGCCCGACACCGUCAUCAAAGCGAACGGGGGAAUACCGCCGCUCACGUACCAAAUGUUUCUGCAUACUGUGGCGACCAUCGGUGACCCGCCGCGGCCUGUCGACAACGCCAAACUCCGCGGUAUUAAGUUCGGUACAUUGCCGCUGUGUUUCUAUGAAGAAUUCACUGUUUACGACAAGGUGCCGAAUCCCGAAGACCUCGGAGUGUUUCUCGAAAACGAAGACAUCCGGAUGAUACGUUGGGUCGGCGGCGAGACGGCCGCCUUGAAGCAGAUGCAACAUCGACUCGCCGUCGAAUACGAGACGUUCUGCAGAGGUUCCUAUCUACCGACGCACGGCAGCCCGGACCUCCUCGGGCCUCCGAUAUCGCUGAGUCCCGCUCUACGGUUCGGAUGCCUCUCCGUUAGGAAAUUCUACUGGUCGCUCCAGGAUUUGUUCCAGCAAGUGCACCAGGGAAGCUUGUGUUCUACUCAAUACAUUACCGGUCAGUUGAUAUGGCGCGAGUACUUCUACACGAUGAGUGUGAACAAUCCUCAUUACGGACAGAUGACCGACAACCCUAUUUGCUUGGACAUCCCCUGGAAAAGCCCUGAGGGAGAUGAACUGGAGAGAUGGGCGUCGGGGCGCACGGGGUUCCCGUUCGUGGACGCGGCCAUGCGGCAGCUGCGGCUGGAGGGCUGGCUGCACCACGCCGUGCGGAACACCGUCGCCUCCUUCCUCACGCGCGGCACGCUGUGGCUCUCCUGGGAGCACGGGCUCGCGCACUUCCUCAAGUACCUGCUCGACGCCGACUGGUCCGUGUGCGCCGGCAACUGGAUGUGGGUGUCGAGCAGUGCCUUCGAAGCGUUGCUGGACUCGGGCGAGUGCGCGUGUCCAGUGCGACUGGGCCAGCGGCUCGACCCCAGCGGCGAGUACGUGCGGCGCUACGUGCCCGAGCUGGCGCGGGUGCCGACCGAAUACAUCUACGAGCCCUGGAAAGCGCCUCUGGACGUGCAAGAACGUGCCAACUGUAUAAUAGGCAAGGACUAUCCCGCGCCGGUGGUCAAUCAUAUCGUAGCUGCGCAGCGCAACAGAAACGCCAUGGAGGAAUUACGCAUGCUUCUGGAAAAAGCGCCUCCGCAUUGCUGUCCGUCGUCGGAGGAUGAAAUCAGGCAAUUCAUGUGGCUUAACGAAUAGAAGAACAAACGACUCGCUACAGUAUAUUUUUAUUUGUCUAAUGUACGGUAUGACAUUCGUUUUCGCAGCUUGGCUCUUGCGUAAACCGGUUUAAGCGAAUCCGGAUAAAUCCGCUGGUUCCGUAGAUCAUGCGAACAGCGGGCCUUGCAUGCGAGCAUUGGUAGAGUCUACCCGUGAUCAUAGCGUUUGCGAUAACGCCCAAGUAUCGGGGACUCCUUAGUUAAAAAUCCCGGUCGGAACAUGCUAUAUGAUAGUGCUUAUCAUUAUAUAUGUGAAAUGUUCAUUUUCCGGCUCAGUGAAUUCGGUGUAGUGGGGUAAUUUGUUAGGACAUACAUUGACCCUGGAUACACCCGAUCCCCAGUCGGGGACAGUUAGGGAACUUGCCCAGCAAGAUAUCCUAGGCCCCUGAUAUGCGUCUAGAAUUUAAGAAAUUAGCAUAUACGCACCUGGAACUGCCACGCGGAGUUCCAAGACACGUGCACUGUUUUCUGGAAUUACUUGGAUUCGAUUGGUUUCCGUUUUUUGACAUUUGUAUAACUUGUCACCUAUGACAAGCCAGUUUGGUUACGCUCGAAAAAGCGGUACCUACUUGCUUGCGUGUUGUUCGACUAACGUUUGUAAUCGAUGUAUGUAUUUAUAUUCAUGCGAUUCUGGUUCUCUUUGUCAUUCCAUGAAUCCAAAUGUGGAGACCGAUUGGCAGGUCUAAUGUCAAGUUUAAAAUUUAUCGCGAAGAUAGUACAGUAAUAGUAUUAACGUACUUAAAUAAUUGCAUGUCAGCGCUAUGAGAAUAGCUAUUAGGUGUGGGACUUUUUUAUUGGCUAUUUUUUUGGGUCUUAGGGUGGCCAUGGCUUUAUGAUCUCUCCAUUUUGUGUUAAGUUUUGUAUAAUAAAUAUCGUACCAAUACAAACUAACUAUUGUUGUAUUUAAAUAUUUGGGAAUUACAUCGUUGCUAUCAAAGUAACUUUCACUUACUUGUUGUCAGGUUGAUGUUUUCGUACGAUACAAAAAAUUCUAAUUAAAAUUUACUAUUAACAAGUUCACGGCUAUAUAUUGCCUCAGUCGGACGCUUGGGCUAUUACAACGAUAAGCAUUUUGGCUUAAGUUUGCAAAAACCAUGUUAACGGUUUGCAAUUUGUUUAUAAUAUUUAUAGGUUAUGUAUAUAUAUAUAUAUAAAAAAUAUUGAUGUCGGUCUAAUUUUGGACGCAGCUAGAAACGUGAAUGUCUAUGUAGACCUUUAUUUACAUAGGUUAUUUAAGUCUGAGCUGCAAUUGUCCCUUUUCCUAUAUUUGGGGAGGAUAAAGGCAGCAUUUUUUCUUUGAGACUCAUGAAUAUUCUCGAUUAACACGUUUCCUUUUAAAAUGUUAUUAGCUUUUUGACAUCGGGAGCGGUUGAAUACUACUUGAAUACUACUUCAAGGAUAUUUUUGGAUUGAAUAUAGAUAUAUGUAUAUGAUAAAUGUUUACAUUUUAAAACAACAUAAUAGUAUACAAAUCUAGUAAUAGUAGUUAAAUUUUAUUAUAUUAAAUUUUAAAUAAAUUAAAAAGAUCGCUGCGUUGCGAAUUAUUUUUAGAUGAAAUUAUAAAAAGAUAUAUAUUUAUGAAUGUUUUUAAAGACGGUACUU